GUGAAUCACUAAAUGCAAAUUUCUCAUGCAUGAAACGGCUAUCAACAACUGAGUCGUCUUUGGGGACAAUCUCUCCAAUCCCACUUGAUCUCUGUAGCAUUCGUGAGACCUAUCCUUCACCUGCUGGAAGUAUUAGUCAACCAUAUUAUUCCUACAGAAUAUUUUGUAUGAGCAAUUUACAUGGUAUCAAAGCAACGCUCUGAACCCUAACUAACUUCGCUGAGGCUACGGUCUCUGUUCUUGUUUUCUUUUUCACACCCACUUCCCUAUUCCUCCUCCCCAUCAUCUGUACCAUGGGUGACAAAGGAGAUAACAACAACAAAACUGAUGCCCUUCAUCCAGUGUAUACUGUGAACAACAUUCAACACAAAGUACGUGUGUUGGACGGAACCAAGGUAACCUAUUCCUCAUGGGUUAAGCUUUUUCAGUUGCAUGCCCGUGGCUACAAGGUCCUCGACCACAUCGACGGAACCAAGCCACCGGCGAAAGAAGAUCCGAACUUCGAAUCAUGGACAGAAAUAGAUGCAAUUGUGUUACAGUGGAUCUACGGAUCUCUGUCGGACGAGUUGCUUGUUCGGGUUCUCGAACCCGAGUCCACCGCUCUUGAAGCCUGGACUCGGAUCAAGAACAUCUUUUUAAACAACAAAGGAUCCCGCGCUGCAGCUUUGGAGCAUGCUUUCACUAAUCUCACAUUGAAAUCCAUGCCGUCCCUUCAAGCAUAUUGCCAGAAACUCAAAGAAAUCGCUGGGCAACUGUCUGAUGUCGAAAGCCCAGUGAGUGAAAACCGUUUGGUUAUCCAGCUUGUCCGCGGACUCUCUCCGGAGUAUGACACUGUUGCCGCUCAGCUUAACCAAUCACUUCCCUCUUGGGAAGUGGCCGUCAACCUGUUAGAUCUUGAAGAGCGCCAUCAAUCGGCUCGUGAUACUCCACCAAUUGUAGCUGCUGCUCUUGAACCACCCCCACCCCCUCCUGCCAUGGAUCAACAGUCUCAGAGACGUGACACUGGACCACGUGGGCAGUCCAAAUUCUCAAACCAGCAGCGCCGCAACAAUGGACCGAGGCCCAAUCGUAAUAGUAACCCGCAACAGCAGUCUCUGGCCCACAGCAACCCACAACGCACUGGACCCUGGGACAAUAACCAAUCAUACGGACCUGCUGCAUCUCAAAACUUUGGGCCUGCACCUUGGUGGGUCAAUGCUUAUGGGCCGCCCAGUGGUUGGGCUCCCCCACCGUGUCCCUACCCAACCCAAUCAGGCUGGGCCACACCUUGGCAACAGGGCCCAUGGCAGCCCACUGGCAGAUCCAACAACAACAAGACAUCCUCCUCUCGCACUUCUCCACAGGCUCACAUCACCGAUUUUGAUCCGCUGCAACCUACUGACAUCGGUGAGGCAUUUCAGGCUCUCUUGCUGUGGACUCGAUUGAACCGGAAUGGCACAUGGAUACAGGGGCACCCAAUCACAUAAGUGCAGACCCAGGAUUUCAAGACUGGGAAGAUAUUGACGCGUCACAACAGUGAUGACAGUCACCUCUAUCCUGUCACCGCUCCUGUUCCCGCUCCGUCCGUUUUUACUGCUACCACUCCCGACUCAUGGCAUGAUCGACUAGGCCACCCGGGAGUUUCAAUUGUUGAUUUUCUUGCUUCGAAUAAAUUUAUUGCUUGUAAUAAAACUAGUCGUCUGUUUUGCAAUUCUUGUCAAUUAGCAAAGCAUAAACGCUUGCCCUUUGUUUUAUCUAAUUCCACUACUAUUUUGCCC